AUGAGAACUCAUUCAUUAUAUUCUAAUUAUCCAUAUGCCAAUUACAAUGGAGCUUAUUAUGGAUAUGGUUACCCAGGUAUGUGAAUUAUUUCGAGUUGGAAAAAUCUUUUGAAUACUAUUUUUAUUUUCUUUUUGAUAUUCAGGAGCAUAUAGCCAGGGACUCUAUAAUGGAACUAAUUACCUUAGGACACAAUACGGGGGGAUGAAUUAUUGGAAUAGUUUUGAAAGAGGAGCUAAUCUCGCGAAUAUUGGUUUGCGUGCCUUUGCAAAUGGCUUCAGUAUCGGCGCUUCGUUUCUUGGUUUAUUAAGUAAUGGAUUCAUUAUUUAAUUAAAAUAUAAUUUUCAAAAUUAUCUCAUAAUGGUUAUAAAGGCAAUGAACAUUGUUUAUUGACAAUUUCUAAUCAAGAUACUUUUGUUCAUAAUUUUUUUUGUGAAAAAUUGCUCGAUGAGGAAGUUAACUUCUCUAUGCACUUUCAGAGAAGUUUAUGAUGCCCUCAACUUCCUCAUCCGCUUAAAUAAAAUUAUUUAUUUUUAUUUUGACUGUUUUUUUUUUUAUCAAUAAAGUUUUUGUUUUCGUGAAGAAAUUAUCUUUCAGUAGUAUUUUUUUUUUAGUUGAUGUAUAGAGCGAUAUCAUUUUGAUAUUAUUUCAAACAAUAUUCUAGUGUCAAUGUAAACGAGAGGGAUCAGAAGACCAAACAAAGGCGUCAGUACAACU